AGGAUUCAUCCAUCGUCGCCAAAUGUGCGAUCGGUUUUAGAACCCGUAUGUUUCGGGGAGGCAGCUGUAUGCUUUCGGAGGACAUGUUUCCAGGCACAUACACAUCACAUACACAAACAUUUCCUACAGGUUCCACAUGCAAAACGAAGAUCAGGGUAAAGGGGCAUAAGGUAUAAUAUGUAUCUCAUAAUAAUGUAUAUCGUAUGUCUUCGUUACAAGCAUACGACGCAAUUAUAGGCUCCUGGUCGCCCCCCUUUUACCCUGUUUUCCGUUAACAUUCUCUUUAUGGUGCAUUGCCGAAAUUGAUUCUCUCUCCUGCAAGUAAUUCACCGGCAGAAUUGAUAGCAAACAGCAAACAAUAAAAUAAAAUGAUUUUAAGCAAUCCGCAAAGCGCUCUAAGAACGUGAAACUCGUUCCAUCACCACCAAACACAAGACAACAAAGCAACCAAUGGCACGGCAACGGUUACUUUGUCAACCACAGAAUCCUUUGUGUGUGACUGACACACGUUGCAGAAACAAUUGGUGGACGAAAUUGUGCUGUGGUGAUGUCUUCCUUUCUCUCUCUUUCUCUCUCUUCCUCGUCUCACUUUCAUUGUUCUCUAUUUCAACCAACAUAACCAAUGAGAGCAGGGGCGAAAGAAAUCAAUAGAGAGCCACACUCGACGCACACCAACGAUAGAACACACAUACACAGACAUACGCAGACAAAGCAAGACGCUAUGGCGCAAAACGAUUGAUCAGCUCGUUGUUAGUUUCGGAGAGAGAAACAAAAUAAAGUUAAUAAAGUAAAACACGCUCGGAACAUAAGUUAAAGAGACAAACAAACACAAACCUAGUAAUAGGGCCAGGGUACGAUCACAGAAGGAAGGAAAAGAACAAAAACGAAACUCGACGAAACACACGAUAGCAAGUGUGUCUUUAGAAGCGAAUAACACAGUACAGAAAGAGAAGCAAAACACAAACACGAAAAUAUACACAUUAUAUAGCGCGGAAGAGAGAGAGAGAGAGAGAGAGAGAGAAGAGAAACGAAAACAGACACACAAAAACACCCACAAAUUACCCACCCGCGGAUCAAAAAAAUCACAAAUAAAUGCAGACGUAUUGUAGUGGGACGGCGGAGAAAAGGAACGGAACAUUAUUAAGCUCCCGCUCCGUUCUCCUGCCCGCGCCCGAUCCCAUCAAAACUGACGGCAACGAUGGGAAAUGGAAUCACUGAAACCACACACUUAGAAUCGAAAUAACAGUUUGACGAUAUUGCGACGAUGAAGAACGCAGGCGCAGAAGACAAGUUGAUAAUGAUAAAAAAAAAUGCUGAUACAGAGAACAAGCUGAGAAACAAGCUACAAAUAGGGAGAAGGAAAAGGAAAACAAAAUUUGUUAUGUUGAUAAGAAACACAAAAAAGAAACAAAACCAGCUCUCGCGCAGCAGAAAGAAGAGCAGCCCGCAGGAGCUGCUGCGAUCGAAAGGGCGAGAUAACGUUAAAAAGUAGAGAAUUAAAUAAACAAAAAAAGAGGCGGAUCGGGUUUUCUGUUUCUCUGCUUUUACUUGUCACUAUUUCGCUGGCUGAAUGCUCUAGGUUGGUUCUCUGUCUCAGCCACCCAAUUGGACCCACCACGAUGUUUUGCGCUGUUUUUUUUGUGUUUCUCGUUUUCGGACAAAGUGUCUUUUGUUAUACUAUUAAAACUAUGCUAGCUUCCUGAGCGAGAAAAUCAGGAAGAGAAGCCGCGUGUCGCUUGGUUAAACCACCCUCCAAAAGUAGCAUUGGUGUCUCGCAGCACAGUAGCAGUAACAGCAACAGCAACAGCAACAGCAGCAGCAGCAGCAACAGCAGAUGAAGGCAGCAUAGAAGCGAGAGUACUAUUAUCCUUACACGACACUCACUCAAACACACAAGCACACAUACACGAUGAAUACACUGUUUGUCCAGUCCGCGGUCAGUCGGUUUUGUUGAUGUUUCGCCCGUUUUUACUACUAUUACAUUAUAAAAAGAAAAUCUCACAGACAAACACACACAACAUACACAUUUUUUGGUAGCUUCUAAAGCAGAGUAAGUAUAAUGUAGGAAGUAUAACAACAAACAAAGAAAAAAAAAUAAAUCAGCCUAAGUCUUGUUAGUGUUUGAAUUGCGCAGUAAAAGACGGGAAGGGUCGAUCGAGUAAAAAACGAACCCACAAAAAAGGUCACUGAUCCGGGAGGGAAGCUAGUAGAAAAUCGCAAAAUGACAUACGGUGGCGAUUAAUAGGAGUCGAUAAUCGAGCGAACGAAGCUAGUGAAGAAGAAUGUCUCGCAAAAAAAAAAUGAAACCGGGGUGGUAUGCUGUAGGAAGUGAAGUAUGUGCAAUGUGCGGGAAGAAGAGUUUAAAUCAUACACAAGCAACGCGUCACAUAAACUGCCCGAUUGUUGUAAAUGAAGAAUAAAUAAUUAAUAUACUAAAGAAUAAUAAUGCGAUACAGAGAGGGGUAGAGCGCUAGAUGGAGAGACAGAGAGAGAGAGAGAG